UAAUACAGCUGAGAUUCUCGAGAAUUCGUUUCUGAGAACUUAAAGCUGCUCCCUGCUCAGUUGUGAUUGUUGAUCUGGUCAGGAAGCAGCUGGCCUCUAAAGUGGCUCUCAGUUUUGCUAGCAAAGCGGGCGUAUGAUAUGCUUGUGUUACCCGGAAUUCGAUGGCCCCUACGGUUGCUGCUGCUGUUGUUUUCCGUUUGUGUGAUGGCCGAAUACUGUGACAAUGGUACAGGCGAGUGCAAGGAGCUGUCGCCGGCGGAGUGUCCGGUAAUAUUCCACAGCCUGCACUUGUUGGGAUCCGGACCGAAGUACUGCGACGAAUUCAACGAUAUCGUUUGUUGUCCCAUUCCGCUUAACCAGCAAAACGUCCAAUUUUUAGAGGGUUCAAGGCCGUCCGAGAAGCACUGUCAGGAAUACAAUGAAGCCAGGACUGCCUGCCAAUCCACACCCUUUAUUGUGGGUGGGACGAAAGCUUCUGGCCGGGAGUUCCCUUUCAUGGCGCUUAUUGGCACAAAACGAGUGAAUAGCUCUGCACCUCCAAACUGGGACUGUGGUGGGUCGCUUAUUCAUCCCAGAUUCGUACUGACAGCAGCACACUGCCUGGAGACUGACGAAACAAAGGCUGAACGAUUGGAUCCCAACUUUGAUUCGCUUAAGUUUGUAGUCCGGUUGGGAGAAUUGGACUACAACAGCACCACCGACGACGCGCGGAUACAGGACUUUCGGGUGGUGAACUACAUAAUACAUCCGGGAUACGAUGACGAGGACGAGGAGCGCGGCUUCAAAAAUGACAUAGCCUUGAUCGAACUAGACCGGAGUGCUGUAUUUACCGACCAUGUUGCGGCGGUAUGCCUUCCACUUGGCAGCGGAAAUGAGAAUUCACUGGUCACAGCCGCUGGCUGGGGAUUCACAAAGGAGGGCCUCAAGUCCUCUCAUCUGCUGAAAGUCAAUUUGCAGCGCUUCAGCGAUCAGGAUUGUCAGGAUCGGCUGCGCUUUAAAAUUGAAACCCGUACCCAGUUUUGUGCCGGAUCGAUGACCAGUGAGGCGGAUACGUGCAAUGGAGAUUCCGGCGGACCCAUUUUCGUGCAGCAUCCGCAGUAUCCGUGCCUUAAGCAAGUGAUAGGUGUUGUUUCUUACGGCUUGGUCUGUGGAUCUCAGGGUCUACCGAGUGUCUAUACGAAGGUUCAUCUUUUUACCGAAUGGAUUGAGAGCAUUGUGUGGGGCGAGUGAUCGUUUAUCGGGAGCCUUCAUUUCGUUUAAUUGUUAUUUAAAAUAUAAUCGCACAAUGAAAUCUA